GCCAGGCCUGCAGGACCAGAAGGAAAUUACGGCAGCACUGCGACUUUGUAACUAUGAUAGCGAGGAAGUCAUCUCUGCCUACCUCACAAUGUUUGGAGAGGUCCUCCUGCAUGCUAAUGCCAGUGGAGAGCCAGGAUACAGUGACCUUAACUCAUUCAGAGCUCUUCUGGAGCGUGAUCGUCUUAUUGAGGAUCUGAGGCAGCAGCUUGAAUCCAAACAGAGAGAGGCGGAUGAGCAUCUCCACAGGAACAAGUUCCUGGUCAGGGAGACUCGCCAUCUUGGCGAGAUUGUACAAAACCUCAACCGUAAGACGGCCGAGCUCGAGGCUGACCGGCAGGAGAUCCAGGAAAAGAUCCGGUCCCUGCAGAGUCGUCAAGCACCCGUGUCGUCCGCCAGGAAUUCUACUGCCUCCAGGCCCGCUAUAGAUCCAAAUAGGCUGCGACAGGCCAGCGGACUAGCCCGAGAACUCAAGGUGUCUGCCAAACAGCUGAGGUCUUGGCUCUUCCUGACAUUGAGUGACUUGAAGAACAUCCUGACCCAGACGGAGGACGUCUUGAAGAAGAUGGUUGAAGCCCAGCGGCAAGCAGACGGCGAGGCGCAGACGCUGCGCUCGCUUUAUCAGAAGGAGGUGCUAGAGAGACGAACUUUGUACAACAAGCUCCUCGAGCUGCAAGGGAAUGUCAGAGUCUUCUGCAGGUGCAGGAACGUCUCCAGACCAGGAAGCUCCUCGUGUCUGGACCAGUACGACCAGCAGGAAGUCACGCUAAUACACAAGAACACCAGGAAGAAGUUCUUUUUUGACAAGGUCUACGCACCCACGAGCACACAGGAGGAGGUUUUCGCCGGAACCCUGCCGCUUGUCACUUCUUGUGCAGACGGCUACAACGUAUGCAUCCUGGCAUAUGGGCAGACGGGCUCGGGAAAGACCUUCACGAUGAUGGGCACCAAGGACAAGCCCGGAGUUAACAUCAGGUCCAUACGUGAACUUCUCCGUGUGUGUUCACUCAAAGAAAAAGUGUCUUAUGUUCUCAAGAUUUCCAUGUUGGAGAUUUAUAAUGACACACUCAACGACCUGCUAGCAAAGAAUCCCACCGCUUCCUCCACUCUGGAUAUCCGCGUGCAGGGAAAGUUUGUGUCUGUGCCAGGACUGACACAUGUGGAGGUUCGGACCGAGGACGAUAUCAUCAACGUCAUGGAGACUGGAGAAAAGAACAGGAAGAUGGGCGCCACCAAGAUGAACAUACACAGUUCUCGCUCUCACCUGCUGGUGGCGCUGGAGGUGUGCGGCAGUGAUUCAUUGUCCGGAGAGAGUACACGGGGCACAUUGACCUUAGGCGACCUGGCCGGGUCCGAGCGCAUCUCCAGGACAGAGGCCGAAGGCCAGCGCCUGGUUGAGGCUGCCGCCAUCAAUAAGUCACUGACCGCGUUGGGACAAGUGUUUGCAGCUCUGAAGUGUAAUGCCCUUCACGUGCCCUUCAGGAACUGUAAACUGACUCACCUACUGCAGCCCAGCCUCAGCGGAGACGCCAAGUGCUGCGUAUUCAUCAACGUGAGUCCGGAUUCCAAGGACGAGGUAGAGACGCUCAGCACGCUCCAGUUUGGCUCGUCCAUUCGUCACGUGGCGCUGGGAAAAGCCACCAAGAACAUCACACCGGCAAAAGGCAACAAGACUUUAAAAUAGGUGAAAUCAUGACAAGCAACAUGUUCAUUUAAACACAGAAUACAUUUUAGUCAUGAAGGUCACCAACUGAUGUCCACUUGUAAGAUUUUUGUUCACAUUGAGGUUCUCUUAGUUAUUUCACCUAUUUAUAAUUAUCUUUUUAAGUCGACAGAGAAUCAUUAAACAGGCUAAAGCCCUCUGCUCUUUAUUGAAAUGAGUGAAAUUGGUGAUUUUAAAAUAUAUCUACAUACUAUAUUGAUUUGAAAAAUGUAAACAAUGAGUGCAUGAUUAUCAACAAUACUACACAGAUAUUAUACAUUUGUUCAUAUUUUUAAGUGUCUUGACAUAUAUUUGUCUUUGGUCACAAUACCCAGCACAUCAAGUGCUGCCACAAUCAUUACAGUAUUUUUUUUUUUGCACAGUUUUUACUCCUGAUACAUCCUACUCAUUUUUAUCCAAGAUUUGUACCAAUAGUGGCUGGAAUUUGGAAUCUAGCACACUAAGAUGUCAUUCACGACUGGGAUGUGAAUCCUUGUCCCCUGUAUCGAUUACAGCAAUUCAUUAAA